UUAUCUAAUUCAUGUAAAGGUCAAACUAGAAAGUACGUGGAAGUAGGACGUGUUGGCUUACGUGAAUUUGAUGAGGACUAGUGAGGAGAUGGGUAUAAAAGGGACGUGUUGUUGUAGAGUGUGAAGGAACGGAAGAAGAUGGGCUGGAGAGGGAUAUUGGGUUUUGAAUAUGGUAUAGUUCAGGCGCCAUUAGGCCCUGAUAUCUCUGCUCCUCAACUUGUUGCUGCAGUUGCCAAUGCUGGUGCUAUUGGACUUCUCAGGGCCCCUGACUGGGAAUCUCCAGAUUACAUGAGGGGGCUCAUCAAGACCACAAGAACCUUAACUGAUAAACCGUUUGGGGUUGGUGUUGUUCUAGCCUUUCCUUGUGAGGAGAACUUAAAGGUGAUUCUGGAUGAAAAAGUAGCAGUCUUGCAAGUUUACUGGGGUGAUUGUACAAGGGAAUUGGUAAACAAGGCUCAUUCUGCUGGGGUCAAAGUUGUUCCACAAGUAGGGACUAUUGAAGGUGCGAAGCAGGCAAUUGAUGCUGGAGCCGAUGGAAUAAUUGUACAAGGACGAGAAGCUGGUGGUCAUGUCAUUGGUCAGGAUGGUUUAAUUUCACUGUUGCCAAGGGUGGUCGAUCUUGUUGGUGACCGAGAGAUACCCGUUAUAGCAGCAGGAGGAAUUGUGGAUGCUCGAGGUUAUGUUGCUGCUCUGGCACUUGGUGCCCAAGGCGUCUGUCUAGGCACUAGGUUUCUGGCAACUCAUGAAAGCUAUGCUCAUCCAACAUACAAGAGGAAGUUGGUUGAACUUGAUGAAACUGAGUACACUGAUGUAUUUGGGAGGGCAAGAUGGCCUGGUGCGCCACAACGUGUCCUGCAGACACCAUUCUACAAGGAAUGGAGAUCCCUUCCGGCCCAUGAAACUGAAGUCAACCAACCUGUAAUUGGCCACUCAACGAUUAAUGGCGAGGAAAAAGAGAUACGACGUUUUGCAGGAACUGUCCCAAACAUGACAACCACAGGAGAUCUUGAGAGCAUGGCGAUGUAUGCUGGUCAAAGUGUUGGUCUCAUCAAGGAAAUUCUGCCAGCUGCUCAGGUAGUGAAGAGGCUAGUUGAAGGGGCUCAGCUUAUAAUGCACCAAAAAUUUAUUAAAUAGAUUCGUUGUCCAAUGUUAAGCGAGAGUUGGCUUUUACAUUCAGUAGCUUAGCUUGGACAAAUUUACUUUCAGGAUGCUUCAUUUGGAGAAAUGUUACAUUUUUAUAUUACUACAUGAAAAAUAAAAGAAGAAAUAAUAAAAUAUACUACAAACAUUGCUUCACCAUUGUACAUCACUGAAAAGAAAAGAAAUUAAUUUAGUUUAAGUAGCCCACUUUGUUCAAGUUAAUGUUGAAGAACCAGGUCUUAUUUUUUUCAUCUCCAUGAUCUAAUGUCAUGUUUUCUCUCUCCCCAAAUCAUCAAUUCAUGGAUUGCUUCU